CAGGGGUCUUGUUUCCUGAAAGGUCUUGACCGGGAACAGGAGGAACUCAGAGACUCGGGUGGAUCUUUCCCACCAAUAUAGACUCUCCCAAGGAGCACCAUCAUCAUCUCCAUUGUAGUCCACUUCAGCUUCCCACUUCUCACAUCAUCCUAGUUAUAGUAACCUCUCUUCCUCACAACUCACCGCCAAGUAAUCAACUCAAGCUCAUCUGCUCAAUCCAGGCUCAAGUAUCACUGGGUAAGCUCUCGUACCAGCCAUAUCUACUCACACGGAAGACGUUCCAACUGCUGCUUGUGGGCUUGGCUUCCGGGUAGCUCAAUUCGCCGGUCCUCCAAUUUGAAGCCAUGUUGAUCAGUCUUUAGCGAGGAAGACUAUCUACCAGCCUGGCAAGGAAAACCCCCGUUGAUCUACUGGUGAUUGUGUAUGCCUUCGAUCACCAUUGCACCCUUUGCUAUAAAACUAUUAUCACUUGCUGGGUAAAAUCCCUAAAGUUGUGACUGCCAGUAUCGAUAUUCUGAAGCUUGCAGAACAGCCGCCCGUAGGACAUCUCCUAAUCCACUUGCUUUCCCUUGGCCCGAAGAGCUUCCCCCAAGGCGUGGGCGGUGGCUCUGGGAUUAAAUUUACAGGCCUACUGUGCUACUCUACCAAACAUAUUCAUCGAACCAGUAACACAUGUUUCUUGAUCUCGUGUUCGUUGAGGUGCUAGGAUUUCCUUCAGUUGACCGAAUUCAAUGGUAGACGCUCUGGCCGUCCUCACUCGUACCUUCUUUGUCCUGGUUCCUCUUUGUUCUCAUCCACUUCACUCUCUUCCCCCCUCUAUCCAUUUGCAGUCAUUCCCCAAUUAAAAUCGUCUAACCUCGCUGCAUGUCCUCUGGAUCGCCUUUUUUGAAGCACACAAAAGACUUCAGCGCUUUCUCUUCUUUUUUUUCUCCCCUCCCCCCCUUCCUUUCGAUAUUCCAUCGUCUCGAUUCUUCUCAAAGUAUUUUCAUCUCUCAAAAACUGUUCAAAGAGAACCCUUUUCUUCUUAGACUUUCUCCUUUCUCUCUCUCUCUCUCUCUCUCAGACUCUUUCUAAAGUCAUCAUCAUCCCGUAUUCCUCUUCGAUUGGCUGAUUGACCCACCUCCACAUAUUCACUCGCCCUUUUUCACCUCUUCCAUUUCUAAACAAAUUGUCGAAUCUGUUCUAAUCCUUUUGUGCUCGCUUACCUCUUUCCCCCCUCCACACACACCCUCUCGUCUAAUGUUCUAGUCGAUUUUUAUCUCAUGCGCUCCACCUGCUGGUCGCCUAGUCAAGUUUGACCAUCCUCGGACUGUGUUAUCCACCCCGGCUGUCGCCAGGAGUGAUCUUCAUCACUACCUAUAUCGCAACUGCUCAGGCGAUUUCCGCUUUCAACCAGCCAUGCCAAUCCUAGUCCACUCGCGUGCCUCAACUUUUCCUUUUCGUCGUCGACGCGCCUCUUCCCCCUAUGGUCGUGCUGCAUCAUCAAUGGAGUCAUUGAACAAUCCUACACUCCCUGAUGAACAAGCGACACUCACUGACAUGUCAUCUCACAUCAAACCCUCAAGCGUUUCUCAUUCAAACUUGAGUCAGGCCUAUCAUCAAAAUCAGCCUGAUCAAUCCUCAUCUCGCAUCCUACGCCCUUUCCGUCAUCCAAGUACUCAUUUCGAAAAAUUUCAAGCCAAGAUCUCCAGCGUCAGGCUAAGGUCAUCCACCCUCAAUCCCACAAGCAGCAGGUCAGCCAGUCAUACUGGCUCCACGACAGAUAUCUCGCCCUCGACUCAAUCUCUCAACCCUUCCCGCAAGAUGCCAGUUGAAAUCAGAUUACCCUGGGAGAGCACCCACUCCGAGGAACUUUCAAGAAGACCCUUAAAUAAUUCUCAACGCCCGCCUCCAGAUUCACAUUCUCGUAUCGGCCCAUCACCAUCUCUCGUAUCGAUUGACCAUAACUCUGACUCGUCAUCUCAUCUUACCUUGACGAGUGAACCCAGUUCGAACAAACUUUCCAAGUCCAGCCCUUGGAGCUCAAACUCACCGCCAGAGCUCGAACUUGGCUUUUCUUUCAACUCUCCGAGCCUACUCAGCGGCCUCCCCUACUGCGAAGACUCUCUUCCAUCCGACUCGGCCUCACCCGGUCUCCCUAACAAUCCAGCAGUUCCAUUCGGCAUCUCUACUAUUGAUGGUAGAUCAAGUGCAUCCGAACCAACGACUGUAGCCACAUUUUCAGACUCUUCAAAUUCUCGAGAGAUGGCUUGUUCAAUGCCUCGAUCACAACAGGCUAUUCAUCUUUCUGAGCCCAUUGACCGGUCCCCAAUAGUCAACCCAUACGUCAAUGGCGCAUCUUCAAGCUUGACAUCCCGUGUGCGACCCACUCCUUCACCGAGAAACAACUUUCCAAUCAGGCUAAAUGGGCCUACUAUCGAAUCCCCACCCUUGCCGCUGUCACCUACUCACCACCCAUCCAGUCCAUCUACCCCUAUGCGCGCUUUACCUAUGUUGAACUCCUACCCUGUCACAUCGAAUCAAGUCAGGCAACCUACAGACUCAUCAGGAUCAAGCCUUGGCGAUCAUGGAUCUGCUGAGUAUGAAGUUGAAGCUGAAGACCAGGCGGGAUCUGAUGACACGGAUGGCGUAUCUGAUGAGGGAAGUCCACAGGUCGAUCGCCACCCGCAAGAACAGCCGCCAAUGCUCACCCCCAAGCUUUCGACUCAGGCUGCCGACCAAUUUAAUUCGACUCAGGAGCCCACAGCCCACACAUGCCGGCAUGAAUGGAUCAAUUUUGACUCCAACACACCACCGGUGUCUCAGCAUAAGCCAACACCUCCUCAUCAGCGUUCACCCCAACUCUCAGCAUCAUCGAGUAACCAUACCUCUUACUUUAAUACCCCAAGUGACACCAAAUCUUCUACUGCUCAGUCCCUUGGUGAUCGGGCCAGGCUCUUACUGCUCACAACUCCCUCAUCAUCUCUAGCACCGCCUCCCCGUCCGGCUCGACCAAUGCUCGCCUCCCAUCGUAGCCAUUCUGCCUCGCGUCUGGACAACAUCUCUGUCAGCCAGCAUCCAACCGAAAGUCCAAGCGUGACGAUCAGUCCUGCUCCUAAACCCAAAUCACCUUCUCCCUGUGAUCCGAAGCCGAUAACACAACUUCCUCCCGUGAUUGUUGCAGAUGUGGACAACCAAACCCUAACCAACAAAGCGUUGACGGCCGUAAGGAGACAGCCGACUUCACAGUCCGCAUUCCUACCUCCUCCGUCUUCCUUUUCAUAUCGCCAUCAGUCUAUGUACGAACUACGGCCUGCUGCCAGUUUACCAUCUUACGAAGCUUCACUCCAAAGUUCAGGCAGCACAAGGCAUGUGGUUCUGCCUCGAGAAGAAGAGGGUCGGGAAAAGCUACCGUCGUACAGCUGCGCAAUUCACCUUGAGGGCUGGAUGCCACGGAAGAUGGAAUUCAAAUCUCCUGGCGUUCAGGCCAAGGACCGAGCAUGGAAACGACAAUAUGUCAUUGUGCAUGGCACGAUGAUUCGUGUCUACCGCUCCGAUCCUCAUACACACAUGUUAUCUGGGUCUGAGGACCCGUAUAGCUCCAACUUUGUCCACGGCAAAUCCAUUUCCCCCCUGGCAUCAAAAUGUGGAAUCACCUCAAAAGCCAACCCAUCCGCUGCACCCCCGCUACAUUUCCAUCAAGGUCAGUAUGACUCGGCGCCAGUGACUUCGUUGAAAGAAGCAGCACUUGUCAAAGCUACCCAGCUUCCUACCCAUCACAACUGUCUCCAUCGAGUGUAUUCUCUCCAGAAUGCCGAGUCUGGUUUGGCCGCGGAUUAUGUCAAGAAGAAGUACAUCGUUCGGGUCCGGGCCGAGGGCGAGCAGUUUCUUCUGCAGGCAAAGGACGACCGCGGGGUGAUUGAUUUGAUCGAAGCCUUGCAAGCGGCCACCAAUGUCAGUCUGGACCUUGACAUACGCCCCUUACCAAAGUUCAUCACUCUGCCGCGACGACGACGGAGACGUCGCAUCGUCCCCCCAUCCGCUGCAACCGGAACAUCCGGCCGCCCUCAUCGGGUCGCCGGAAGAGAACUCGGGGCCGCCGUCGUCGAAGGGAUGGUUGCUGAGGCUGAGGCUAGUCAUCGUCGUCGCUUGCAACAACAGAGAGAGUCUGCCGUUUGGGCUGACGAUAGUGGCGAUCGGAUGGCUGAUAUGCUUGCUGAAGAACAGGAAGCUUACAUGCAAGGUCGCAGUUAGAUGUUGGCCUCCUCCUGCGACUUCGAUCAACCCCCCCAAAAAACCCCGUCCAUUCUUUGCACAUCUCUGCAACAGCCGCCUCGUCAUGACCUUCACCUGCACUUAUAUAUAUACACAUAUAUAUUUUGAUAUUUCAUAAUGGACUUUUUUUCUUAGAUGCUUAUCAUUCCUUUCCUUUCUUUUUCAUUUUCUAAAAGCAGAAGAGAUCUUUACAGCCCUUCUGCAUUACCUCUUUAGUCGUUUUUUUUCUCUUUUUUUCUUUCUCUCUUCAUAUCUAUGUUGAUCUUUACUAAUCAAAAGAAACGGUAUACCUUCUUUGGCUUACUUCUUUUUUUUAAAUUUUGCAUUUUUUUUAUUCUUUCUUUACUUUGUUUGUGUUGCCAAUCAAAGACAUUUUUUCCCAUUUCUUUUUUCUUUUUGAUUACUGUUGUCUUUUCUUCCUCACUUUUCUUCAGUUGUCCUAAACAUACAUACAUACAUGCAUUGUUCUUUUUCACAGAUUUGUGUUCUACAUCUUUCUUUUUUUUUGGUUCUGUUUUGUUUGUUGUUGGAUUCAAAUAACUUACACAACCAAAUAAUCUCAACAACCAAGCAACACCAGAGACCCCUGUUGGUGUUUCAAUUGAUGGGUGGAGUUCAUUGUCACAUUCUGUUUCAUUUCAUUGAUCAUCACAUCUUUGUCUUUUUAUCAUUGUUUUUUUUUUUAAAAACCUUCUGUGGGUUCCUUCUGAGGGUUACUUUGCUUGGGUUUUUUUGUGUUAGUUAGCUUUGGGGGAGGGGUAUAUAUCAUGAGUACUUAUGAUGAAACCUCCUCUUUGAUCAGUCUCUCAUUCCUUCCUUAUUAUCUCAACCCCGUCUAUCCUUCUCCAAACAAAUGAAAACCCGGCUCAUUUCCUUGAGUUGGCGGUACAAUCAAACAUCUACUUUUGUUUUGGUCAACACAUAUAAAACUGGGCUGAGAAGUAAUGUAUUCUUAACUUUUUUUGGGGGGGUGU